AAUGUUAGAAGUGAGAACUUCGCUGUUCGGGUUAACUUUUAUCUUAGAUAUCAACUGUCUUAUUUCUUUAUCUUGUGAUAUAUUCCUUACAGAUUUUCUUGAAAUAUAAUUUUUUUGUUCAAGAUAUGUAAUGUGAUAUUUGAAACUUCGCAACAUUAAGAUCGACAUUUGUGGAAACAGCUGCUGUUAUACAAAGUUAAAAAAUGUCGCUGUGGGCGCGAGCUCAGCAACUGCCGCAAGAGAGUCUCCAGAAGGUGAGGGCGAUAUACGUUGACCACUUCCCCAUAGAAGUGCGCCACUGCCUGGCUACCUGGAUAGAAAAUAGGAUAUGGACCCAGGAACCGGAAGAGCAACAGCGUUACUUCGUGGAGGAGCUGGUCCAGGAGAUCCACACACACGCCGAGCUGAUGGUCUCGCCGGAGAUGUUCGUCACCAAGAUGAAGCUGAUAGAAGCCGCCAAGCAGUUCCGGAUGCAUUACAGCCACGCUCCCCACGAGCUAUACACUUUCAUGCGACGUUGCUUGGCCCUUGAAAUGGAGGUGAUACAGACGGCGAUGGGGACACCCUACAUCCAGCCGCAAACGGAGAGGAAAUACAGUGAGUUGAUAACCGGCCUGCAGACUGUGCGCCAGAAGGUGAACAUGGCUUCCGAGGAGAUCAGAAGCCUCCAGGCUAAUAUAGAGUCCUUCUCGCUUCAGUACCACGAGUGUCUCAAGAAUAAGGGUCACAUAAACUAUUUGCAACAGAGCGGUCCCAUGACCAACGACCGGCGCGAGCUGGAGGCGUGUCUCCGCGUGCAGAUCGAGGAUAUGGAGAGGAAGCUCAACGCGCUGGUGGCCCAAAUUAACCAGUCCCAAAUGGAGUUGGUGGAUCACAUGAAAGAAAACAUCACCAACCUGAGACAGCUGCAGAGCCAGGUGCUGGACGAGGAGCUGAUCAAGUGGAAGCGUGAACAGCAGCUGUCAGGAAACGGUGUGCCGAUGCAGUCCAACCUGAACAGUAUACAGGAGUGGUGUGAGCUGCUGGCCGAGCUGAUAUGGAGUACGAGGCAACAGGUCUGCAAUGUGGGAAGGAUUAACAGCAAGACCAUAGUGGAGCUGCGGCAACCCCACCUCGCCGAGAUGCUGGACGACAUGAGCAAGCAGGUGACAAGUCUUCUGUCUACUUUGGUGACUUCAACGUUCGUCAUUGAGAAACAACCUCCGCAGGUCAUGAAGACAAACACACGCUUCACAGCCACCGUCCGCCUGUUAGUCGGUGGUCAACUGAACGUGCACAUGACACCGCCGCGCGUCACGGUGGUGAUAAUAUCGGAGCAACAGGCCCAGCUGCUGCUGAAGAGCGACGUGUCCGGGGGCCGGGGCAAACAGCCCCAGGAGUGUGGGGACAUCUUGAACAACAGCGGCUGUAUGGAGUACCAGCCGACUUGCAGGCAGCUCAGUGUGAGCUUCCGUAACAUGCAGCUGCGUAAGAUCAAACGAGCCGAGAAGAAGGGAACAGAGAGUGUGAUGGACGAGAAGCUGACUCUGUUGUUCCAGUCGGAGUUCAACGUUGGCGGAGGGGAGCUAGUCUUCCAGGUGUGGACUCUAUCUCUGCCGGUGGUUGUGAUCGUCCACGGGAACCAGGAGCCCCACGGCUGGGCCACCGUUACUUGGGACAACGCUUUCAGCCCCCCGGGGAGAGUACCAUUCGCUGUUCCUGAUAAGGUGACCUGGGGUCAGCUAGCUGAGACGCUCCGCAUCAAGUUCUGCUCAGCCACAGGUGGUGACCUGUCCGAAGACAACUUGAGGUUCCUCGCUGAAAAAAUAUUCAGUUCGCACGUCGACAGAACGAGCCUGCCGCUGACAGCGCUCGAGCUGAACAAUAUGAGCGUUAGCUGGACACAGUUCUGUAAGGACGCUCUGCCUGAUAGGAACUUCACCUUCUGGGAGUGGUUCUACAUGGUGGUCAAGGUCACCAGGGACUAUCUGAGGACGUUGUGGUGUGACCGACUGAUCAUGGGUUUCAUCCAGAAGAAGCAAGCGGAGGAAAUGCUGUCCAAGUGUCCCCCGGGCACGUUCCUGUUGAGAUUCAGUGACUCGGAGCUGGGAGGUAUCACCAUAGCUUGGACUGGCGAGGGUAACGAGGUGUUCAGCCUCCAGCCGUUCACGUCCCGCGACCUGAUGCUGCGCUCCCUGGCCGACCGUAUCCUGGAUCUGGCGCAGUUGCAAUUCCUUUACCCAAACGUCGCCAAAGAUGACGUCUUCUCCAAAUACUACACUAAGCCCGAGAACGAGAUGCUGAAGAACGGGUAUGUAAAGCCCGUCCUGGUGACGACCCUACCUCCCUACAUGUCCGCCUCCCCGGCCUACGCACACUCCCCGGACUCGCACAGGAACACGCCCUCUGUGCACAGCAGGUACAUGAUAGAGUUUUGACGCGAGGAAGAUUUCUCUUAUAACCAUUUGAUAGUCGCAUCCAUUUUGUUUUUUUUUUUUCGUUUUUUUAUAUUUAAUUUUUUUUUUUUUUUUACCCUAAAAGACAAUCUCAUAGUUAACGAGCUUAGUAUUAUUAUUUUUUUAUAUAUUUUUUUGUAAGUUAGUUUUUAUGAGUACAUUUUUAUGUGGCAACACUUUGGAGCGAGAAACGCUUUGUCAGGCCUUAGUAUGAGGAGAGUUAACGAGAACUGUGAUAGUUGGAUUGAACGGUAUUUCUUGCGGUAAGAUAAAUUAACUAGCAGAACAUAGUUAGCGCAAAACGAUUUUAACAAAUUACGUUUUGUUUAAAGUAUAUUAAAAAUUGCUCUUCUUAUUACAAAACAAUUUUAACAGUAUAUAUUUUUUUCAUACUAAGGCUAUUUUGGCAAAGGAGGUUCGUCCAGAAAGUUUCUCGUUUCACGUAACAGAUUAUAAAUGUAUUAAAUUUUUUUUCUAGCUGUGGAACAACGAUACUACAACUUUAAGGUUGAUUGCAAACUAAAGUACUGUUGUGUUGUUUUUAGUGGGAAUAUCUCUGAUCUUAAGACGUUAGUUGUUAAGUUUAAAUGUCUGCCGUUGAGGAGUGUGAGGGUAUUUCGAGAAAAAAAAUUUUUCAGUAUUAAAAAAUUAUGUGGAUUUUAUUUGUCUAAAUUAAGGCUUAUUUACAGUAUUAUGAUAUGAAAUUUAUUUUCCUUUAAGCUCCCUGAUGUAAUUCUUUGUAAUUCUCUAUGAAUUAAAUAUAUAGAUAUAUAUAAAAAAUAUUCCAUACAACUAUAUGAUUUUAUAACUGAUGGAUUAUUAAGAAUUUUACAAAGUUUUUUAAAAGGUUAUUAUAUAUAUACUAUUUAGAAAUAAAAAAAAAAUAAAUCCUAUUUAUUUGAAACUCUUUCGUCCAUUCAGAAUCGGUCAAUUUAAAUUUAUUUAACAUAUCAAAAAAAAAAAAAAUAUUUAAUCACAUAAAUAUCGAAUUAUAUCUUAUACAAUUUAAAAAUAAAAAAAAUUACACCUAAAUCUUGUCUCGCCUUGUGACCGGUGGUACAGAUUCUAUUACGGCCCACCCAGCAAGGGGAGAGUCCCGGGUUCGAAAUUGUCGACUGAUUUUUUUUUUUUAAUUAUCUCUCAACGUACACACGAAUUUAGAAGUUUUUUUUGCUAGAUAGGAAUAUAAUUCUAACGAAAAAGUUAUAUUUUAAAAAUGUGCAAUUACUAUUAUAUGUGUGUAGCCUGUGUUGUGUUUUUCGAGGAGUUCGCGUCAGUAACGCGGAAAGAUUCGCAAUUAAGAUAAAAUUUAUCUUUCCUUAAAAGGAAAAGUUUGAAGUUCUCUUUAAAGAUAACGCCAAAGAUAUUAAAUUGUAAUGAAAAAUUUUUUUUUUCAUUAAUUUUCGGUCAUAUUCGUGUAUCUUAACUCGGGGUCUCACUUCCACGGGGCUCCCGAUUCAAUUUAAACCGUCAGUGCGUAGGUUACCGACGCGAACUCGUACUAAAUGUGAUUUACGAUCUUCUAUGGGAACAAUCGUUGCAUUUUUUUUUUUUUUAUUAUGUCUCGAUCCUAGUUGGAACGCAUAAUAUUAUGGAACAUGACAAUUUAUAAAAUUAAGUUUAUUAUAUAAGUGUAAUAACGGUGAAAAUUCUUUUGAAACACUGUGUUAUAAAAUUUAAAGGAAACCAUUUUAUGAUGACACUCUCACCGCGUACAUCUAUAUCAAUUCAAGUGUCAGCAAAGAAUGGUUUAUAUUAAAAUAUUAAUAAAAAAUGUAAGAUCUUUCAUGUUGUAUUUUAAAAGUUUUUAAUGUUUUCUCAAUUGUAUACGACGUUACUGUCGGUGUGUCGGUUCACAUGGUUGACGCGUACUAAGGUACAACGCGGCGACAGCUUUACAUUUGGAUGUGGCUAUUAAAUGUUAAGGUGUUAUAGCUCGCUGCGAGGCUGUGGGAUCGCAGCCGUGUACAUUUUUUAAACUAAAUCACACAUGAAAGUUUCCGUAUUGGACACUUAAUUCUCCGCCAGACAUUUGGACAGUUAAUUUAUGUCUGACAUCACUAUGUGACGGACGGUCAGCAAGUUUUUUUUUUUGAAGCCGCGAUCCCACAGCGUCCGCCGAACGCCCCCCAUUUUUUUUACAUUACGAUGUUAUCUUUAAAUGUAUGUUGGUGCGUGAUUAUAUUAUACGUGGAAUUAAUA